GUUUAUGUCAACCUGACGGACAAGUGGCUGUUUUUCGUCGUCUCUUACGGAUUCUCUCUCUGCCUGUAAACUAGUCUUCUCCAACCCUUUACACGAGAUUCUCUUCAGCUGAGCACGUAUCGUUUAUGAACCAGUUAUUUACGCGAAAAUCGAUCUGACAAAAUAUUUUAGGCUACACGUUUGAGGUGGACUGCUACCACUGUAUUGGAGCAAGAGCGAUCAGGCAAAGGGAAAAUAUUCUAAAUACUCGUUAACAAAUGGAUGGGAUGAAACCAGAAUCGACGGCUGAGGAGAACCAAGAUGAAAGGGAUGAAAGCAAAGGGUGCUUCGAGUGUUGCAUCAAAUGUCUGGGUGGUGUCCCAUAUGCCUCUUUGGUGGCCACCAUCUUGUGCUUUUCAGGAGUGGCUCUGUUCUGCGGCUGUGGGCAUGUGGCACUUACAGGGACUGUGACUAUGGUGGAAAACCACUUUUCUCGCAUCUCUUCUGAUCAUGCUGCUCUCACUGAUGUGGUUCAGAUUUUGCAGUACAUCAUCUAUGGAAUUGCCUGUUUAUUCUUCCUGUAUGGCAUCAUCUUACUGGCCGAGGGCUUUUACACCACCAGUGCUGUCAAAGAGAUGCACAGUGAAUUCAAGACAACUGUUUGUGGACGCUGCAUCAGUGCUAUGUUUGUAUUCCUCACCUAUAUUCUGGGCUUGGGAUGGCUAGGCAUCUUUGGAUUUUCUGCUGUGCCUGUUUUCCUCUUUUAUAACAUGUGGACCACAUGUGGUGCCAUGAAAUCCCCAAUUGCCAAUCUCACCUCUGUGGACAACAUCUGUGUUGAUGUGCGGCAGUAUGGUAUCAUCCCAUGGAAUGCGAACCCUGGUAAAGCCUGUGGGUCCACACUAAGCGACAUCUGCAAUACCAGUGAGUUCUAUUUGUCCUACCAUCUUUAUAUUGUUGCCUGUGCUGGAGCUGGUGCCACAGUGAUUGCACUGAUCCACUACCUGAUGAUCUUGGCAGCAAACUGGGCCUAUCUGAAGGGGGCAUGUCAGCAGACCCAUGCCUAUCAGGACAUAAAGACCAGGGAUGAUCAAGAACUUCAGGAUGUGCAGUCACGCUCUAAGGAGGGUCUCAAUUCAUACUCAUAAAUAGUUUUCCAAACUGUUCUAUCCCACCUCUGUCUAAAUCUAUUUCCCAUCUCUAAAGUCUAACUCCUCUCUGUUUUAUUUUCAACCUCUUGCUUUCUAGAACACUAAUACUACUAGUGGUGAACUAUCCUGACAAUACAUCAUAACAAUAAUGACAACGUUAUAUUCUUUUAACCAAAUUGAACAUGAGUUGAACCAUACCAAAUGUAGAUAAUGAAUCUGAUGAUAUGUUGUUUGCUCAUCAAUUUGAUGGUAGAAAAAAUUAAAUGAUUAUUAAAUGAUUAUUACUGGGUUAUGUUUUGUUUUAUGAUGUAUUGUCUUGGUGAGGCGCCACAAAGAAUAGAAAGUCUGCACUAACUCCUCACAGCUCACCGACAUCCCUUUUGGGGAAUGAAUAUAUAUAUUAGGGAUGCAACAACACACUUAGCCCACGAUUCAAUACAUACCUCGGUUCGGUUCAGUUCUCAUGGCUUGACACGUUUUUUUUUGGUUUUUUUUCUAUAGGCAAUAGAAACAGUAAGAGGUUAAGGAGAAAAAAAUUUAAACGAUUUAUUGCAAUACUCAUUUGGUUUUACUUAAAAGCCAAGAAAAGUACAGUAAUUCCAAGUGGAUUGUAUUAAAAAAAUGAACACUGAAAUCUCACAGCUACUGAUAGCUCAUGUACAAACCGCGUAUUGAACCGUGGAAGUUGUACCGUACGGUUCAAUAUUACAUUGAGAACUGUGGCAUCCCUAAUAUAUGUAUAAAUAUAUAUAUAUAUAUACACACACACACACACACACACACACACAAACACACACACACACACACACACACACACACACACACAGACACACACACGCACGUGUCUGUGUGUGUGUGUGUGUGUGUGUGUGUGUGUAUGUAUGUGUGUGUGUGUGUGUGUGUGUGUGUGUGUGUGUGUGUGUGUGUGUGUACCUGUAUGUGUGUGUGUGUGUGAGUGAGUUUGUGUCUGUCUGUGUGAAGGGAGAUAUGGACGCCAGGGUGCGCAUUAAUGUCUGUGUAUGUAGAAUUUUUCUUUUUGAUCUGAAUCACUGAAUUCACCACUUCAUUCCAACUCUCUUUUUGUUGGGGAAAGUACUGGCUUUUGACAAAUUGCACUAAUCUUAUAAUAGAAAUCUUAUUACCAUAAACAUACAUACAAACCAGGGGGAAAAAGUUUUUAUAUAUAUAUAUUGUAUUAAAAAAAUACAAUAUAUAUAUAUAUAUAUAUAUAUAUAUAUAUAUAUAUAUAUAUAUAUAUAUAUAUAUAUAUAUAUACAUACAUACAGUUGAAGUCCAAAUUAUUAGCCCUCCUUAGAAUUUUUUUUCUCUUUUAAAUAUUUCCCUAAUGAUGUUUAACAGAGCAAGGAUUUUUUUCACAGUAUUUUUCUUCUAGAGAGAGUCUGUUAUAGUAUAUAUAUAAAUAUAUGUGUAUUUUUUUCCCUUUUUUUUCCUUUUUUUUCUGCAGAAUAAACCAUUGAUAAACAAUGAUUUACCUAAUUAUCCUGACUUGCCCAGUUAACUUAAUUUACCUAGUUAAGCUUUACAUUUCAAUUUAAGUGUCACUUUAAUUGUCUUGAAAAAUAUUUGGUAAAAUAUAAUUUACUGUCAUCAUGGCAAAGAUAAAAGAAAACGGUUAUUAGAAAUGAGUUAUUAAAACUAUUAUGUUUAGAAAUGUGUUUUCCCUCCGUCAAAAAGUAAUUGGGGAAAAAAAUAAACAGGGGUGCUAAUAAUUCAGGGGGGCUAAUAAUUCUGACUUUAACUGUAGAGAGAGAGAGAGAGAGAGAGAGAGAGAGAGAGAGAGAGAGAGAGAGAGAGAGAGAGAGAGAGAGACCACUUGACAAUAAAAGUUACACUGUUUUAUUCACCUUUGUUUAAGGUCUGAGAAAUUCCUUCCAGAUUUUAGAAAAAAUAUAUAGUUUAGAUGUUUUUCUCCUGAAAAAAUUACACUUGUUAAGAAAUAUAGAUUUCUUUACUGUUUUUUAAGUUAAAUCAAUGGUAAUGUGUUGUCUGAACAACAUGCAACCAUUUCUGUAUAGUGAUAUAUACAUCAGAAGCUACCUGCAUGACAAAAAUUACAUUUAAAUGAAACACAUCAGUAACUACAAAUUGUAGAUUUAAAGAAACUGUAAAUUGUCAAGUAGUCUCUUAUUUUUUCAUAGCUGUGUUUGUCCAAAAUACAAAACAAUCUCAAAUAAAGAUUUAAGCAAGGUGUUUAUCAGACUUAUGACUAAUUAUGGAAAGAGUGUUGUUUACCACGUUUUUUUUUUUUAGAUGACUGUGACUCUUUAGUGUGAGUAAUUGCUAAGUGGAUGUGACAUCUGAUAAUGGUUUGAAUUUACUGUUGAAUAAUGCAGCCUUGUUUUUGCAGUGUAUCUUUUUCCUAAAUACGUUUGUCUCUCUUUCUAUUUCUACUUUUACAAUAUGAAUCUUUUUAUUGAUCUGUCUUUUAACUGAUGUAAAUAUAUGCAUGUUAGUAUUGUCCACAUACAGUAGUUUUACUAUGAAUUAUUUGAUGUUUUUUGCUAUAUGUUAAAAUCUGUGAAAGGGACGUAUCUAAAAUCUAUUUAGCUUGGUUUUUAACAGAUUUGUGCCUGGAUGUUCUAUUUGUCCCUCAUUACUGCAUGAAGGGGGUAUAUUUCAGAUAUUUCUGCAGUAUUUUUAUAGGGAUAGUUGCCCCAAAAAUCACAAUUCACUUACUAUUUACUUUCUCUCAAUGGUUCCAAACCUUUAUUUUAAAAAUCAGUUCAACUGAGUUUCAUUCAAGUUUGAAUGAAGCUAAAAACAUGUAACCAUUGGGGAAAACAAAUUCUACAGCAGUCAAUAGUUUUUAAUUGGUUUUAUCUUUUAUUUGUUAAAAAAAGGAGUCAAACAGGUUUAUAGCAUGUAUAGAGUUUUGGGGUGAACUAUCUCUUUAAGUGAUGUGUAGUCUAUUGUUUCAAUGAACUACAAAAGACAGUAACCCUACAACCCCACCCUCCCCCUCAGUAAUCCACCGUAUGUUAAUUGAAACUGUAAUCUUAGAUGUUUCAUAGUGCAUUAUCUUUGAAGUCAGAUGUUAACUAUAGUGAUUUUUGUAUCCUCUAGUAAAAUAUUUUCUAUGAUCUA